UGACGAAAUUCAUACGUAUUGGUAUUGCGGAUAAGAACGAUAAUCCACCAUAUUUCGAUAAAAGUUUAUAUGAAGCUGAAGUUGAUGAAAAUGAAGAUAUCCAGCAUACGGUAUUAACGGUUACAGCCAAAGAUCAUGAUGAAUCUUCUCGCAUACGUUACGAAAUCACUAGCGGUAAUAUUGGUGGUGCAUUUGCUGUAAAGAAUAUGACUGGCGCCAUUUAUGUGGCCGGAGCUUUAGAUUAUGAGACCAGAAGGAGGUAUGAGCUACGUUUGGCCGCCUCCGAUAAUUUAAAGGAAAACUAUACCACCGUUAUUAUCCAUGUGAAAGAUGUCAACGAUAAUCCACCCGUCUUUGAGAGACCCACCUAUCGUACCCAAAUUACCGAAGAAGAUGAUCGUAAUUUACCCAAACGAGUUUUACAGGUCACUGCCACCGAUGGUGAUAAGGAUCGUCCACAAAAUAUUGUCUAUUUCUUGACGGGUCAGGGUAUUGAUCCUGAUAAUCCAGCUAAUUCCAAAUUCGAUAUUAAUCGUACCACAGGAGAAAUAUUUGUAUUGAAGCCCCUCGAUCGUGAUCAACCUAAUGGCCGGCCUCAAUGGCGUUUCACCGUGUUCGCCCAGGAUGAAGGCGGCGAAGGUCUCGUGGGUUAUGCUGAUGUUCAAGUCAAUCUGAAAGAUAUCAACGAUAAUGCUCCCAUUUUCCCACAAGGUGUCUAUUUCGGCAAUGUCACAGAAAACGGUACCGCAGGCAUGGUUGUGAUGACUAUGACCGCUGUGGAUUAUGAUGAUCCCAAUGAAGGUUCGAAUGCCAAGUUGGUUUAUUCCAUCGAGAAAAAUGUCAUUGAAGAAGAAACUGGAUCACCAAUCUUUGAAAUUGAACCCGAUACGGGUGUUAUCAAGACGGCCGUUUGCUGCUUGGAUCGUGAACGUACCCCUGAUUAUUCUAUACAAGUUGUGGCAAUGGAUGGCGGGGGGUUAAAGGGUACGGGGACGGCAUCUAUACGCGUUAAAGAUAUAAAUGAUAUGCCGCCGCAAUUUACAAAAGAUGAAUGGUUUACGGAAGUGGAUGAAACGGAUGGUACAACACUACCGGAAAUGCCUAUCCUAACGGUAACCGUGCACGAUGAGGAUGAAACAAAUAAAUUCCAAUAUAAAGUAAUCGAUAACAGUGGCUAUGGGGCAGAUAAAUUUACCAUGGUUCGUAAUAAUGAUGGUACAGGUUCGCUGAAAAUUGUCCAACCUUUGGAUUAUGAAGAUCAACUGCAAUCGAAUGGUUUCCGUUUCCGUAUACAAGUCAACGAUAAAGGCGAGGAUAAUGACAAUGAUAAAUAUCAUGUGGCCUAUUCAUGGGUUGUGGUAAAACUGCGUGACAUCAACGAUAAUAAACCGCAUUUCGAGAGGGCCAAUGUUGAAGUUUCGGUAUUUGAAGACACGAAAGUGGGAACGGAAUUGGAAAAAUUCAAGGCAACCGAUCCAGAUCAGGGUGGACGUAGCAAAGUCUCUUACUCCAUAGAUCGUUCAUCGGACAGACAGAGACAAUUUGCCAUUAAUCAAAAUGGUUCAGUGACCAUACAACGUUCAUUGGAUCGUGAGGUUGUGCCACGGCAUCAAGUGAAAAUCUUGGCUAUUGAUGAUGGUUCUCCACCGAAGACGGCUACUGCAACGCUUACUGUAAUUGUCCAGGACAUUAAUGAUAAUGCACCGAAAUUCUUGAAGGAUUAUCGUCCUGUAUUACCUGAACAUGUACCACCACGUAAAGUUGUGGAAAUUCUUGCCACCGAUGAUGAUGAUCGUUCCAAGAGCAACGGUCCACCAUUCCAAUUCCGUUUGGACCCCAGUGCUGAUGAUAUUAUCCGUGCUUCGUUUAAGGUGGAACAGGAUCAAAAGGGUGCCAACGGCGAUGGUAUGGCCGUGAUUUCAUCUCUACGCUCGUUCGAUCGUGAACAACAAAAGGAAUAUAUGAUUCCGAUUGUUAUCAAGGAUCAUGGUUCCCCAGCCAUGACUGGCACAAGUACCCUGACCGUAAUUAUUGGUGAUGUUAACGAUAAUAAAAUGCAACCUGGCUCCAAGGAUAUCUUCGCCUACAAUUAUCAAGGACAAUCGCCAGAUACCCAAAUUGGUCGUGUUUAUGUCUAUGAUUUAGAUGAUUGGGAUUUACCCGACAAGAAAUUCUAUUGGGAAUCUCAGGAACAUCCUCGCUUCAAAUUGGACGAAGACUCGGGUAUGAUAACAAUGCGUGCUGGCACUCGGGAGGGACGUUAUCAUUUACGUUUUAAGGUUUAUGAUCGUAAACACACCCAGACCGAUGUACCGGCUAAUGUUACGGUAACGGUUCGUGAAAUACCCCAUGAGGCUGUUAUCAAUUCAGGAUCGGUGCGCCUGUCGGGUAUAACAGAUGAAGAUUUUAUUCGUGUAUGGAAUUAUCGUACCCAAUCGUUGAGUAGAUCGAAAAUGGAUCGGUUCCGUGAUAAGUUGGCUGACUUGUUGAAUACGGAUCGCGAAAAUGUGGAUAUCUUCAGUGUGCAGCUGAAAAAGAAACACCCGCCCAUGACCGAUGUCCGUUUCUCAGCCCAUGGUUCACCGUAUUAUAAACCUGUAAGACUAAAUGGUAUUGUUUUGAUGAAUCGCGAAGAAAUCGAAAAGGAUGUGGGUAUCAACAUCACCAUGGUGGGUAUUGAUGAGUGUUUGUAUGAAAAUCAAAUGUGUGAGGGAUCGUGUACGAAUACCCUGGAUAUUAGCUCACUGCCGUAUAUGGUUAAUGCCAAUAAGACGGCGUUGGUGGGUGUGCGUGUGGAUACCUUGGCUGAGUGUACCUGUGGAGCCCGCAACUUCUCUAAACCGGAAAAUUGUCGAAAUACCCCCUGCUAUAAUGGUGGACGUUGUGUGGAUACCCGAUUUGGUCCUCACUGUUCCUGUCCCGUGGGCUACACCGGCCCCAGGUGCCAGCAGACUACCCGCAGCUUCCGUGGUAAUGGUUGGGCCUGGUAUCCUCCAUUGGAAAUGUGUGACGAAUCACAUUUAAGUUUGGAAUUUAUUACCCGCAAACCAGAUGGUUUGAUAAUCUACAAUGGACCCAUUGUUCCACCGGAGCGCGAUGAAAUGUUAAUUUCCGAUUUUAUUUCUUUGGAAUUGGAGCGAGGCUACCCACGUCUUCUCAUUGAUUUUGGUUCGGGAACCUUGGAAUUGCGUGUCAAAACGAAGAAAACUUUGGAUGAUGGUGAAUGGCAUCGCAUCGAUUUAUUCUGGGAUUCGGAAAAUGUCCGCAUGGUUGUGGACUUCUGUAAAUCGGCGGAGAUCAGUGAAAUGGAAGAUGGUUCAAUGCCAGAAUUUGAUGAUAUGUCCUGCCAGGCUAGGGGUAAUAUUCCGCCAUUCAGUGAAUAUUUGAACGUGAAUGCUCCACUGCAGGUGGGUGGUUUGUAUCGUGAACAAUUUGACCCAUCGUUGUAUUUCUGGCAUUACACCCCCAUGGCCAAGGGAUUUGAUGGAUGUAUACGUAACUUGGUACACAAUUCGAAAUUAUAUGAUUUGGCCCAUCCGGGUCUAUCGCGUAACAGUGUGGCUGGAUGCCCACAAACUGAAGAGGUGUGUGCCCAAUCAGAGCAGACAGCACGCUGCUGGGAACAUGGUAACUGUGUUGGCUCCCUCAGUGAGGCUAGAUGUCAAUGCCGGCCAGGUUGGACUGGUCCCGCCUGUAAUAUACCCACCAUACCGACCACCUUUAAGCAACAGAGUUAUGUCAAAUAUGCCUUGAGCUUCGAACCGGAUCGUUUUAGUACACAAAUACAGCUGCGUUUCCGUACCCGUGAGCAGCACGGAGAGCUGUUCCGUGUCAGCGAUCAACAUAAUCGUGAAUAUGGUAUUCUGGAGAUUAAGGAUGCUCGUUUGCAUUUCCGUUACAAUUUGAAUUCCCUGCGUACCGAGGAGAAGGAUUUAUGGCUAAAUGCUGUGGCCGUUGAUGAUGGUCAAUGGCAUGUGGUGAGGAUAAAUCGUUAUGGUUCGGCUGCUACACUGGAGUUGGACGGCGGUGAGGGUCGUCGUUACAAUGAAACCUUUGAAUUUGUCGGUCAUCAAUGGUUGUUGGUGGAUAAACAGGAGGGCGUGUAUGCUGGCGGCAAGGCGGAAUAUACUGGUGUUCGAACAUUUGAGGUGUAUGCUGAUUAUCAGAAGAGUUGUUUGGAUGAUAUAAGGCUGGAAGGUAAACACUUGCCACUGCCACCGGCCAUGAAUGGCACCCAAUGGGGUCAGGCAACGAUGGCUCGUAAUUUGGAAAAGAAUUGCCCCUCAAAUAAACCAUGUUCGAAUGUCAUCUGUCCGGAGCCAUUCGAAUGUGUUGAUUUAUGGAAUGAAUACGAAUGCACCUGUGGUGAGGGUCGUGUUAUGUCACCCGAUGCCAAAGGCUGUAUGGAUCGCAACGAAUGUUUGGAUCUGCCCUGUUUGAAUGGUGCCACCUGUAUAAAUCUUGAACCGAGAAUGCGUUAUCGUUGCAUCUGCCCGGAUGGCUUUUGGGGCGAAAAUUGUGAAUUGGUGCAGGAGGGACAAACGUUAAAAUUGAGCAUGGGUGCUUUGGCGGCAAUACUCGUCUGUUUGCUGAUCAUACUAAGUGA